AUGGCUGAUUUUGAUACAAUAUACCAAGAAGAAGAUGAUGCUGGCGGGCCACUGGAAGAAUUUCUUAUUACCGUACCAGACCCAGUAAUAAUCCGAGGUGCAGGAAAUGUCACAAUCUUUGGCCUUAGCAACAGAUUUGAUACAGAAUUCCCUUCAUCACUUUCAGCCAAGGUGGCUCCUGAAGAAUUUAAAGCCACAAUGUUUCGUAUCAACAGUGUUCUUAGAAAAGCUCUGCCUGUUAAUGUCAAGUGGCUGUUUUGUGGGUGUGUUUGCUGCUGCUGUACCCUGGGCUGCUCCCUUUGGCCAGUUGUUUGUUUAAGUAAACGGACAAGGCAUUCCAUAGAGAAAGUGAUAGAAUGGGAAAAUAGUCAUUUAUAUCGUAAGCUUGGCUUGCAUUGGCGGUUAAGUAAACAGCGCUGUGAUUCUAGUAGUAUGAUGGAAUAUGUGCUGAUGAUAGAAUUUAUUCCAAAAAUUCCAAUAUUUCGACCUGACUGA